CGAAGAAGGUAACAUUAAAUACAAUCAAGCAAAGAAAUCACACAACGUGCACCAAACUCGAUCGAUACAGAGCGAUAAAACAGCAUUAAAAUCGGCAGAAGCCAAACAAAUCAAUCAAAAUACAAUCACAGAAAACAAAACUGCCAAGAAAAGUUCCACAAGUUUGGACCCGGCCUAUGGAAUAUGCACUGAUCAUGAAGAAUCUAUGGACUACUACUGCCAAGACCAUCAUCAUCUAGUCUGCGUCUCAUGCAUCAACGAGCGGAAACAUAUCGCAUGCGAAAUAAGUCGUGCAUCCCAUCACACCGAGACAAGCGUUACACGUGUGAACGCCGAUUUGCUUUCAUCGCAAGGACAGACAAGAGAAGAAAACAGCACAUUAGAGAAAACAAACCGGGCAAUUAAGCCCGAAUCUUACAUUAAAAACAAUACAAGGCCAGAAAAAGCAGAUCUGACAGUGAUAGAUCGGUCUAACAGUAGACCCAACCACCAUCAAGAUACCUCCAAACGUCUUGUUGUGCCAAGCCACAAGAGUAGACCAUCAGCCAACCAAGCCAUUAUCACUUCCGGUGCUGAUAAUCGUGUAGCGCUGUCAACAAAAGAGCAGCCGAUAUUUAACGAAAUUGCGAGGUUUAAAAUGUCUUUAGUAGAGCAUCUGGAUAAACUUGAAGACGACUUGAAGAAGGAGAUGGAGGUUUUAUGUAGUAACUACGAGGAAAUGAUGCAGUGCAAAAUCGACGGAACACGCAAACUCAGGGACGCUAUACAGAACGCACUGAACAUGGCCAAUAACGCUGACCCUGAGGGCGUUGCACCUCAGUCCAUGAGGGAUGAAUGCGAUGAAUAUGAACGCAUGACUAAAGAAGAAAGAACAGAUUUUAAGGAUGUAGAAUUAAAAUUUAUGCCAGAAGACAAUCUAUCAGUACUGGCAAACACAGUUAAACAACUGGGAAGAGUGAAUGCUUUAAAGAAGCAGAACCAAAACAGAUUUUCGAAACCAUUUAUCCAUCGUUCCGCCCAGAUUACCGGUCUACUAAAUGGCAAACGAGACGGCGAUACAAAGGACUCCAUUUUCAACUCGGUUGACAUGGGAUCAUCUGGCGACAUUAUUGUCGCCGACUUCAACAACUGCAGCGUCAAGCUUUUUGACCAUACCGGUAUGUUUCUGUCUCAGAUGAAGCUUUCAUCCGUUCCUCGUGGUGUUUGUUUUGUAGAAGACAAAACUGCUGCAAUUUCACUGCCAAAAGAGGGCAUCAUAAAACUGAUGUCAAUCGAGGGGAAUUUUCUGACGCAUUUGAAGGACCUACAUACGUCAUUUAAAGCCUACAGGAUGUGUGGUUACCGGAGUAAGCUUCUCGGAAUAUGCUACUCGCAGGGAACCAGAAGUGUAUCGGUUGUUGAACAAAGCGGACAAAUCGGGAAAACCAUCACCAAGAGAAAAGACAAAACCGGUCAUGGAGGCGUGGCAUACGAUCCGGCAAAAAAUCUUACGUACAUGUCCGACCGCGAGCAGAUUUGUUGCUAUGGUGACAAUGGCGAUGUAAUAUUUCGGAACACGUUCCGUCGAGCUGACCUUCGUGGAAUGACUUUGGAUUGCCAAGGUAAUCUAUACGUCUGCUCGCAUGAAACGAAAAGUGUUCUGCAGAUAGACCAGAAUGGAACGCUAGCGAAAUCUAUUUCGGUUCCAAUUCCACCGCAAGAUGUCGCCAUCCAACCGAUGGGAAACACAAUGGUUGUUGUUGGCCUCGGCAAUGUUGCAUACGUGUAUAAUCUUACUUAGAUGAAAUUCACAUAUGAACAUAUUUACAUAAGAAGUUUUUGCAUGAAAUAGUUUUCCAACGCUGAAGUAUGAACAAAUACAAACACGCGUAUAUGUUCUAAUCAAUAGAUCUACGACGAGUAAGUCACGCGA